AUGUCACCUCAUCAAAAUGGUUUUCAGCCAUUACAGUCCACCACCCUUUCCUCACAAACCGAAUCCAAGCCUGUCAACAGCGGAAUUUGGCAUCGCUACUCCACAUUGUUAGCAGUCAAAAUUCUGAAGUGUGUUAGACCUCGCCACGAGAAUGUUCUCAUGCUGACAGACAAAUUAUGCGUAAUAUAUGGGCGCCAUGUACAGUUGUCUGAAGCAUCAGCAAUGUGUUUUAUAUCUCGACAUACGUCUAUACCAGUGCCAAAAGUUUUCUGUGCGUUUACUUAUUCGGGAUUGACGUAUAUUGUGAUGGAAAGGAUUAAGGGGGACAUGAUUGGUAGUGGCUGGGCUCACCAAAAUGAUGAAUCAAAGGCAAAGGUUCUUUCACAGUUGGCAAGAAUGGUCACUGAAAUGCGAGAGCUUCAGCCUCCGGAUGGUAUCGUGGCCGCCUCCGUUGACGGUGGGCCACUCUUUGACUGUCGUGUGCCGCGUCGUUCCUUGCACUUUGGUCCAUUCAAUACGAUGCACGACUUCCAUCGGCAUUUACGAAUGGGCAUGGAGUUCGAUCCCGGGCUUGACUCCCAUAUCCAGGAUCUUAUCAACCAACAAAGUAAAACGUGGCCUUCAGUCUUCACUCAUGGGGAUCUUAGCAGCCUAAAUAUGCUUAUUCAUAAUGAUACUAUUGUUGCUAUAAUUGAUUGGGAAACAGCGGGCUGGUACCCAUCAUACUGGGAGUACACAUCUGCCCACCAAGCCAACCCACAAAACUCCUUUUGGGUGCAUGAGAUUGACAAGUUCUUACAGCCAAUGCCUGAAGAGCUGGGCAUGGAACGGAUCCAUCAAGAGCAUUUCGGAGAUACAUGAGUAGCGUAGCCGCUCUGUGAUGCGACGAGGAACGAUUGGCUUGCACUCAC